AUGGGUGGUGGAGGUGGUGGUGGAGGUGCAAGUGAAAGUGGAGUUGAAGAUGAGCAUAGUUUGCCGGAGAUCCGGCUACGACCCGCCACCGCCACUGCCACCGCCGCCGCUGAGGAAGUGGAAACGCAACAAGACAACAACAAUAAUGAAGAAUGUCGAACACCCACAUCAGAUGAGCACAAGAUACCGGUCAUGCGAAGCUGCCCACCUGCACCAAAGAAACAAAGACGGGUGAUUUCUUGUAAGAGGAAACUAUUGGAUGAAUUGCGAUUCUUUGAAAUCGUGGGUCGAGAAGAAAUUGAAUCCUUUUUCAGGUCAUCAACCAAGAAGCGAUGCUGUUCCAAUUCCAAUUUCGAUUCCAAAUCCAAUGUUGAUUUCAUCAACGACAAGAAGAAGUUUGAGUGA